AUGGCAAAAUCCAAGGCCGCAAAGCGUAAGCGCGCUGCGCAAGCCGACCUUCCGCAAAAACUCCCCAAGGCAGCCUCGACUUUGAUAACACCGCCUCCCGAUGGCAAAACUGUCGAAUCCACACAUCUCAAUGCGGUCGUUUCAGACGAGGAUCUCGAUAUCACUAUCGAGACGCUUACCGCGCUUGCCGAGUACCCCGGCCUGACCAAGUCGAAAGCCUGCAAGGACCUUCGAGUCGCAGUGUAUGACUUCCGCCAGACAUGCACUACAGGUGUCAACACGGCUGAGGGCGCCAACUUGACAGCACGAAUCACGGGUGCAUUGACGGAUGGGAAGUACAUGGAAGCGAAGAUCCUGCUCGCGGAGAUGAGAAUCAGAGGGGAACAACCCAAAAUCGGAGCAUUGUGUCGCUGGGUGCGAGAUCUGGACGUUGUCAGUGGCCUCUCGACGCGGCCCAAAUCCCAGGACCAAGUUUUACCCAAGCCCAGUGCCAAGGACCUAGAAAUCUUCGGCGUUCUCGACGCCAUAUUACGUGUCAGCACGCCAAUUGACAUCAAUCCUAAUGCCAUCGAUGCAACGACCCCAAUUGCGUUCCAGGCCAUCUGGGAUCUCCGUCCUCCAACUACGCCUCUUCCGGUAUACGCCUCGGUCUUGGACAAAUCUAUCUUGGCCCUUGCGCCUAAGGAUCCAUCUGCCCUGCGGGUCAUCGAAGAAACUCCUGGACCCCUUCGCAAGCCUCCCAAUCACCACCCCGCCAUCCUCUACACUACCGUACCGAAUGCCGUUCCGCUGGCUCCCGUCGGCCCCACAAUCACAUAUCAUCCACAUCCUGCUGUUCCUGGUCUUGGUCUUGCCCUAAAUGUGCUCUCCGCCUCUGAGUGCAAGGCGAUCAUCGCUGCCGGUGAAUCCGUCAAUUUUGUACCCGAUGCGCCCCUUCGCGAAGAUGGAGACGUGAGCAUCCUCGCCCACAACUUCUACUGGAUCAUCGACACUACCUUCCAUGACAUGCUCUGGGCGCGGAUAUCCCCUUAUGUGCCGCCGUCGAUCAACGGACGCCUCGUCCGAGGUAUCAAUCGCCGCUUCCGUGUGUACAGGUAUGUUCCUGGCGCCGAAUAUCGGUGUCACAUUGAUGGAGCGUGGCCACCAUCCGGUAUUCUCCCCGAUGACACAUACGUGUACGACUCCUCGCCUGAAGAGAAGAUGCAGAGCUCCAUGUACACCUUUCUCCUCUACCUCAAUGAUGAAUUUGAGGGGGGAGAGACAACAUUUUUCGUGCCAGCUGUGCGGGAGGGGACUCUCAAUGGAUAUCCGGUGCAACCUGUGAUGGGAGCUGUCGCAAUAUUCCCACAUGGGGAGUCCAAUGGCGCUUUGUUGCAUGAGGGGACAGGGGUGAGGAAGGGGGCAAAAUAUAUCAUACGGACCGACGUAGAGUAUGACGUGAACCCCUCUGAAGAUGGAUGA